GUGACGGUGUGCGUCAGGUCGUCAACAGGCACCACGCCCUGAACAGCACGCCAUGGUCAGGAGGAAUGGCUCGCUUCGCAGAAGAUCUACCCACCCGCUAUGGAGGAAGCGCAGCCGGCGGAGGGAGAGGAGGACCACCGGGCGCUGGGCGAGGGGGAGCCCGGGGUGGUGGCGCUCCGGGUGGCCAGAGGGUGUACAAGCAGUCGAUGGCCCAGAGAGCCCGGACUAUGGCCAUUUACAACCCGAACCCUGUCAAACAAAACUGCCUCACUGUCAACCGCUCCCUCUUCAUCUUCCGUGAGGACAAUCUCAUCAGGAAGUAUGCCAAGCGAAUAACAGAGUGGCCUCCAUUUGAGUACAUGAUCCUUGCUACGAUUAUCGCCAACUGCAUCGUCUUGGCCCUGGAGCAGCAUCUACCUGCAAAUGACAAGACGCCCAUGUCAGAGCGACUGGACGACACAGAGCCCUACUUUAUUGGAAUAUUCUGUUUCGAGGCUGCCAUUAAGAUCAUCGCCCUGGGCUUUGCAUUUCACAAAGGCUCCUACCUCCGCAACGGCUGGAAUGUAAUGGACUUCGUUGUCGUCCUCACAGGGAUCCUGGCCAAAGUGGGUUCAGACUUUGACCUGCGAACACUGCGAGCUGUGAGAGUGCUGAGGCCCCUGAAACUUGUGUCAGGAAUCCCCAGUCUCCAGGUGGUGUUGAAGUCUAUAAUGAAAGCCAUGGUUCCUCUGCUUCAGAUCGGCCUGCUGCUCUUCUUCGCCAUUGUCAUGUUUGCCAUCAUCGGGGUGGAGUUCUACAUGGGGAAAUUCCACACCACCUGCUUCCGGAUAGACACUGGUGAGAAAGCAGCAGACUGGCCUUGUGGUCUGGAGCCCCCGGCUAGGACCUGUCCAAACGGCACUAUAUGCAGAGAGUACUGGACUGGACCCAACUUUGGUAUCACCAACUUUGACAACAUCUUAUUUGCAGUGCUGACUGUGUUUCAGUGCAUCACCAUGGAGGGCUGGGUAGACAUCCUCUACAACACCAAUGAUGUUGCAGGAAACGCCUGGAACUGGCUUUACUUUAUCCCUCUCAUCAUCAUCGGCUCCUUCUUCAUGCUCAACCUAGUGCUCGGUGUGCUCUCCGGAGAAUUUGCCAAAGAGAGGGAGCGUGUGGAGAAGAGGCAGGAGUUCCUGAAGCUUCGGAGGCAGCAGCAGAUCGAGAGAGAGCUCACCGGGUACUUGGAGUGGAUCUGCAAAGCAGAGGAGGUGUUGCUGGAGGAAGAAGAUGAGAUUGCCGAGGAUAAGUCCCCGCUGGAUGGUGCGUGGUACAAGAGGAAACAAAACCUGCCAGUCCUGAAACGAGGCAAAGCCAAGAAAGGUAAAAACGACCUGAUCGGUGCUGAGGAGGGGGAGGAUCCUUUCGCAGACAUCUCUUCUGUCCCUCCUCCGGGCUCUCCUUUUGGUCGGGCCAGUGUGAAAAGCAGCGGGAAGAUGGACAGCUCCUCUUACUUCCGGCGUAAGGAGAAGAGGACCCGCUUCUUCAUCCGCCGCAUGGUGAAGGCUCAGAGCUUUUACUGGAUCGUUCUGUGUGUGGUGGGCCUCAACACUCUGUGCGUGGCCAUUGUGCACUAUGACCAGCCCGAAUGGCUUACAAGAGCCCUCUACGCUGCAGAGUUUGUAUUCCUUGGAUUAUUUCUGACUGAGAUGAGUUUGAAGAUGUAUGGCCUUGGAGUGAGGAAUUAUUUCCACUCCUCCUUUAACUGCUUUGAUUUCGGGGUGAUUGUUGGAAGUAUUUUUGAAGUGAUCUGGGACAUGAUUAAACCGGGAGCAUCGUUUGGGAUCAGUGUGUUAAGAGCCCUACGACUUCUCAGGAUAUUUAAAGUCACAAAGUAUUGGAACUCGUUGAGGAACCUCGUCGUCUCCCUCCUGAAUUCCAUGAAGUCCAUCAUCAGCUUGCUCUUCCUCCUCUUCCUCUUCAUUGUGGUCUUCGCUCUGCUCGGCAUGCAGCUCUUCGGAGGACAGUUUAACUUUGAAGAUGAGACGCCAACAACAAACUUUGACACCUUCCCAGCAGCCAUCCUCACUGUGUUCCAGAUUCUGACUGGCGAGGACUGGAACGCCGUAAUGUAUCACGGGAUCGAGUCUCAAGGAGGUGUUCGCCGCGGCAUGUUUUCCUCCGUCUACUUCAUCGUCCUCACGCUCUUUGGAAACUACACCCUCCUGAAUGUCUUUUUGGCCAUCGCUGUCGAUAACCUCGCAAAUGCGCAGGAGCUGACUAAGGAUGAAGAGGAGCAGGAGGAGGCAGCCAAUAAAAAGCUCGCCCUGCAGAAGGCUUUGGAGGUAAAGGAAGUCAGCCCCAUGUCAGCGGCCAACAUCUCCAUCUCUGCUUUUGUAAAGCAAAAUCGAGAUGCAAUCUCUCGCAGGUCGUCCAUCAGCAGCAUUCAGUCACCUAAGGAGCAGCAGCGAUCGGCAAAGUCCAUGUCGGUGUGGGAGCAGAGAACCAAUCAGCUGAGGAGACAUAACAUUAGGUCGAGCAGUGAGGCCUUGUUCAACGAGCUGGACCCCGAGGAGCGCCUCAGGAUGACCACCGCCCUCCACCUGCAUCCUGACAUGAAGACUCAUCUUGACAGGCCACUUGUGGUUGAGGCCAGGGAUGGAGAGAAACCUGGGAAGCCCCCCGAUGGAGGUCAGGAGGAAGUAGGAGACGUUUUGGGAGACAACUUCCACACACACUCUAGGAAGCAUUAUCGGCACCGCGACAAGAACGGAGAGAGCAGGGAAGGAGGCGAUGGAGAGCGGGGAGAGAGACACCACACCCAUCACAGCAGGAGCAGAGAUCCCAAUGGUAAUGGUAACGGCAAUCAAGCAAAAGAGAGGAGAGGAGAGAGGAGUCACAGCCACGAGGGAGGGCAGGGACACAGACACCACCACCAGGGCGGCUCACCUGAGGAGGCCCAAGGCAUCAGAGGAGGAGAAGAAAAGGGCCAUCGGCACCACCACUCCCACCGUACCACGAAAGAGGGAAAUGGGAUGAUAGCGAAUGGUGCACAAGGAGAGACAGGGUGAAGGGGAGGAGGAGGAGGAGGAGGAGGGGACAGCAAUGGAGAGAGGAAGGCACGUUGCUCUCGAAUGAUCAGAGCUCAGUCUACGCUGGACGGAGACGACUGUAAGAGGAGCAAGAAUGGAACCAAAAAUCACUGGGACAGGCAUCCAGAUGCUGAGGAGCUAGGUCUUGCCACCAGUCCUCUUCAGCCAAUGCAGAGCAGCAUGAGUCUUGGAGACAAACAAGAGGAUGCUGACAACCAGAAAAACUCCACCAGGGCCAGCCAGGCGGGCCUCAACAGCAAUGCCAUCCACAUCCCUGUGACCAUCACUGCUCCGCCUGGAGAAACCACCAUCAUACCCAUGAACAACAUUGACUGCGACAACUUCCAACUCAAUGAUGAAAAGAAAGAUUUGGAGGAGGAGGAGGAGGCAGCCAACGGGCCUCGGGAGAUGCUUCCCUACAGCUCCAUGUUCAUCUUCGGGGUAACAAACCCGGUGCGACGGCUGUGUCACUACGUGGUCAACCUCCGCUACUUUGAGAUGUGCAUCCUAAUGGUCAUUACCAUGAGCAGCAUCGCUCUGGCAGCUGAGGACCCCGUCCAAGCCAAUGCACCGCGGAACCAAGUUCUCAAGUAUCUGGAUUAUGUCUUUACUGGAGUCUUCACUUUUGAGAUGGUGAUUAAGAUGAUUGACUUGGGACUGCUCCUCCACCCUGGCUCUUAUUUCCGUGACCUGUGGAACAUUCUGGACUUCAUUGUGGUCAGCGGGGCCCUGGUCGCCUUCGCCUGCUCGAGCCUUAUGGGAUCGCAACAAAGUGUGGCCAGAGGGACCAAAGGCAAGGACAUCAACACGAUCAAGUCCCUGAGGGUCCUCCGAGUCCUGCGACCACUUAAGACCAUUAAACGACUGCCCAAGCUAAAGGCGGUGUUCGACUGUGUUGUGAACUCUCUGAAGAAUGUUCUGAACAUCCUCAUCGUCUACAUGCUUUUCAUGUUCAUCUUUGCUGUUAUCGCUGUACAGCUCUUUAAGGGCAAAUUCUUCUACUGCACAGACGAGUCCAAAGCUCUGGAGAAAGACUGCAGGGGUCAGUUUCUGGACUACGACAAGGAUGACGUGGCAGCUAAGCCCAGAGAGUGGAAGAAAUAUGAGUUUCACUACGACAACGUUCUCUGGGCCUUCCUAACCCUCUUCACUGUCUCCACUGGAGAAGGCUGGCCGAUGGUCCUGAAGCACUCUGUGGACGCCACCUACGAGGACCAGGGCCCCAACCCAGGCUUCCGCAUGGAGACCUCAAUCUUCUAUGUGGUCUACUUCGUGGUGUUCCCCUUCUUCUUUGUCAACAUUUUUGUGGCUUUAAUCAUCAUCACCUUCCAGGAGCAGGGAGACAAGGCCAUGUCGGAGUGCAGCCUGGAGAAAAAUGAGAGGGCUUGUAUUGACUUUGCCAUCAACGCUAAGCCGCUAACGAGAUACAUGCCAGAGAACAAGCAGUCCUUCCAGUACAAGAUGUGGAAGUUUGUGGUGUCGCCUCCCUUUGAGUACGCCAUUAUGACUCUAAUCGCCCUCAACACAGUCGUGCUGAUGAUGAAGUUCUACGGAGCUCCAGACCUGUACGAGUCCAUGCUGAAAUACUUGAACAUCCUCUUCACAGCCCUCUUCACACUGGAGUGCAUCCUCAAAAUUAUUGCCUUCGGUCCACUGAACUACCUGAAAGCCGCCUGGAAUGUGUUUGACUUUGUGACUGUACUUGGAAGCAUCACAGACAUCGUGGUCACAGAGGUUAAGACGGACAAGAUGAUCAACCUGAGUUUCCUGAGGCUUUUCAGAGCUGCGCGGCUGAUCAAGCUGCUGCGGCAAGGCUACACCAUCCGCAUCCUGCUGUGGACCUUUGUUCAGUCCUUCAAGGCUUUGCCUUACGUCUGCCUGCUCAUUGCAAUGCUCUUCUUCAUUUAUGCCAUCAUUGGAAUGCAGGUGUUUGGAAACAUUGAGCUGAAUGAGGACACAGCAAUUUAUCACCACAACAACUUCCAGACCUUUUUCCAGGCCUUGACCCUUCUCUUCAGGAGUGCAACAGGAGAGGCGUGGCAUGAGAUCAUGUUAGCAUGUCUGAGUAACCGACGGUGUGAUUCGCUCUCAGGAAGUGGGAAAGAGUGUGGUAGUGACUUUGCCUACUUCUACUUUGUCUCCUUCAUCUUCCUCUGCUCCUUCCUGAUGUUGAACCUCUUUGUUGCUGUCAUCAUGGACAACUUUGAGUAUCUGACCAGAGAUGCCUCCAUCCUGGGGCCUCAUCACCUUGAUGAAUUCAUCCGCGUGUGGGCAGAGUACGACCCUUCUGCCUGCGGGAGGAUUUGCUAUCAGGACAUGUACAAAUUGUUGCGUUUUAUCUCGCCCCCCCUGGGCCUGGGGAAGAAGUGCCCUAACAGGGUGGCUUAUAAGCGGUUGGUGAGAAUGAAUAUGCCCAUUGCUGAAGACAGCACUGUGCACUUCACCUCCACACUGAUGGCUCUGAUCCGCACAGCCCUGGAGAUCAAACUGGCAUCUGGGGUCCUGGCACAGCAUUUGUGCGAUGCUGACCUGAAGAGAGAGAUAAAACGAGUGUGGCCAAGCCUGCCGCAGAAGACUGUUGACCUGCUGGUGACACCUCCUAAAUACAAUGAGCUGACUGUGGGGAAAGUCUACGCAGCUCUGAUGAUCUUUGACUACUACAAACAGAACCGUGCCAAAAGACUCCAGCAGCAGAACACUUCAGGGGGACCUCAGAGUAAACUGGGGGCAUUAUUCCGUCCUGUGCUGCCACUCACUCACAUACUGGAAGUUGAACCUCCAGUUUCCAGCCCCAAACAACCCCCCACCACCCAGCUGGAGCCAGAAGUGAAGCUAGUGGCUCUUCCUUCAACGUCCCUCACUGCGACCACUGCCACCACCUCUUCAACAAGGGACACAAUACUGAACCAGAGGAGUGGGAUAAAACACUCCCAGUCUGGUGAUGUUUCUCAGGCUGCACAGAGGCCUAAAGGCCGGAGGAAACUACAGAGAGGCCAGUCAGAGGAUGUGCCAUACUCAACCAGACCUCAGGAACUGGUUGAACUGAAACAGGUGGAGAACAUUUCAGACUCAGAAGGAUAUCCGAGCCUGGAAGGUCACAGCAGAGCAGCUUCACUGCCCCGCCUCAAUGCUGAGUACUAUCGGAGCCACCCACGCCACGCCCCUGGGACCCACCUAGCACCGAUUGUCGACCUCAGUCCGAUAAGACGCUCAGCAUCCUCGCUGACGCAGCAGCAUCACCAUGGGGGCGGGCUGAGGGAGUAUAACCUGGACCGGAUCGGCCAGUCAACAACAGGGCCAGGCCAAUUCCAGGGCCAGGACAGAGCCCACCACCAUCACCACCACCACCGCUGCCAUCGACGCAGGGACAAGGACAAAGACAAGAAGCAGAAGUCGCUGGAUAGAGCUGCUUCAGUUCAACCCUCCAGCACUGUUGAUUCGUUCACCGACCCUUCAGCAGAAGGUCUGUCCAGAGAGCGAGCGAGGGAGCGUGACCGCAGUCGGCCUCAUGAGAGGAGGCAUCACUCGUCAGCAGGAGAGAAGCAGCGCUACUACUCCUGUGAGCGAUACGGCAGCGGGGAGCAGUGUCACGCCAAGUCAGCGGGUCCAAGUCGGUCCACAUCUCCCGGAGAGGGCCAGGUAAAUGACCUGUCAAAACAGCAUGGUAGCACUGUGGGUAAAUCCGCCCCUGUACCGCUUCCCUCUGGUUCGAGCACUCCAGGCCGCAGUCGCAGGCAGCUCCCACAGACCCCCCUCACACCUCGCCCUGCUGUGGCCUAUAAGACCGCCUACUCCUCGCCUUUCCAAUCAGGUGCCAGCACCUCUACAACGGGGCAUCAGACUCGCUUCAGCCGUGGCCUUUCGGAGCAUGAUCGUUUACUUGGGGGCCUUGAAGAGUCCCAGUUACCGAUCACUCGCAUCGGUUCGGACCCUAAUUUAACCCGGCAGCAGCAUGCUGCUUCUCAACAGGCGGGGGAUUCAGAGGACUUCCAGGACACUGUGAGCAGUUUUGAAGGGGGACGCUCUGCCAGAACUACUGCCUCCACCACAGCCUCAGCUUCACAGGGAACUGCAGCCACACCUGUCACUGCGCCCGCCAUGCAGGGCCGGGCGGGGCCGGUGCCCAAUGGGUACCACUUCACCCUCGGGGUCAACUCUGCGACUGGGCCCAGGGGCCGAGGAACAGGCAGUCUCAGGGAGAGGGAUGAAGACGAUUGGUGCUAACAUGGCAGAAAGCUGUUAGCCAAAGCCAAAAAACGGUAAAGCUUAUCAGUGUUGUUGAGCGCUUGUGUCAGGUCCAAUGAGCUGAUACGAAGACAGAGGAUUUAUCCAAAAGAAAAAAAUGGAUAAAGAGCCAGUGGAACGUGCUGUAAACGGGGAUCAGAAAUCAUUCCAGAUUAGUAGUCCUACUCUUCUUUUUUAUACAACAAAGUCUUUAAGAAAAAAAACACUGAUCACUUUUUCUACCCCCUUUACUUGCACUGAAAUUAUAGCACAAGUGAAGACCCUUAAGUAUUUUGCCUUUGCCAGUAAAAUCAGUGUUGAAGCAGAAGACAAAAGCCAAAAUCUCCAAUGUGAAGCUAGUUACUUAGCUUCAGACUGAUCUGAAUGCCUCGUUCCUGCUAUUAAUAUGGCUGCUCACAACACAAGUUUUAUUUUUAUAUGUUUCAUCAUGUUCAUAUGGUCCAUUUUAACUUGAUCAAAUUGAUGCUAUCACCAAAAUAUUUUCCUCUUUUUUUUUUUUUCAGCCAUUUUUUAUCAGCCAUCACUUUGGGAUUAUCACCGAAGUCUGACCAGGACAGUCAUUAGCAAAGCAAAUUAUUGUUCUGCCAUUUUAACAGAAAGACAAAAGUUAACACCAGAUGGGAGAGAACAGGUUAAGGGUUAAGUUCAUCAUGAUAAGCUUUUUCUUGUAAAUUGUACCACAUAUAAAUUUUAGAGUGCAAAUAGGGACAAGAAAUCUCUUUUAUGAAGUUAUGUGGCUGAAUACUAAGUGCCUCGUUUUCCAAGAUGUAUCCUGUUAGAUGGACUUGAAUAUAGGAUGUAAGUAUGUAAAACGUAUAAAGAACAAAGUUUGGAUCUGGUAAAAUGAACAGAAUGCAAAAAAAAAAAAAGUUUUGUACUGAAUCUUGUUGUAGGUGAGUCAGAACCUGAGAUCCAAAGUAAGCAAUGUAGUGCAUGCCAGGGUCUUGUACUUGUCAAAAGAAAUUGUGUCUGUACUUUUAAGGAUGUGUGGUAAGAAUUUGCCUUUCUCUUUCAAAUAUACUGCCAGCUAGUUGGUAGAAAUGGUCUCUGAGUGGAGAAAAGUGCCAUUCUUUUAUUUCUUAUCAACAAAACAGUCCAUAUUCAGAACCACUCGCCUCUUCAUGCGUUCAGAAGACAUUUCAUCCCUGCCAUAUAUCCCCAAGUGUCAUGGGUUUCCUUAUCUCUUUCCUCUGAGAGCAGUAUUGUGUGAAAGUUUGUAGGUGAGGCUACCUGUUUGUGAAUUCACAGGUACAAUAAAGAGCUGUGUUGUUGCUGCAGACUGUUGACUUCAAGUAGGGCUAUGCAACAAGACGACACUUCAUCUGCCCUGUAGCUUUACCCUCUGGAAAAUCUCCAGAUUCAGGCUUUAGUGUGACUGCGACCAAAUUUUACAUAAAAAUGUAUGAAGCUGUGUAAAUUGUAAAUGUAUUAUAUGAUGUACAGUUAAGUGACAACACACACUGAGAAACAACAUGAUAUCAAAACUGAUACUUGUGAAUCACAGGGCAUUUUUGAAGGUUGGCUAGUUGACUGCAUGACGCCUACCCAGACUGAACCACCCAAAAUAUAAAACUGUGUUCUUUUCAGACUUGGGUCAACUUCUAUUUUUAAACAAUUUUAAUGGUUUUUAAACUGUACACACAAGGUUAUUAAGUUUCCAGUUAAAACAAGUAUUUCUGGCUCAGGAUUUCUUUUAAAGAAAUAAUGGAAAUAAUGAGGAGUUAAGGUUAAAGGUAAGAUCAGACUAUGUGGCUCCUUGGUUAAAGCUCUCUUGGUGCUCUUGACUUAACUCUAUGAAAGUUUAUAACCAUGUAAAUUAUUCUAAAAAUAUUAUUUGAUCCAAGUCUGAUUGUUUCUUUGUGCUUUAUUUUACCUCCCUGUUGUCUCAUGUAUGUGCAAUCUAUUUGAUGCAUCAUCUAAAAGAAGAUAUCUUUAACUUCAAAUCUGUAAGUUCUAACAGUAGGCGUGGCUAUGCAAUCUAUUGUGUAAGACAGUUAUGUGCUACAUAAUAGACUGCUGCUGACAUUGUUGGCUUUAAAUGUGUAAGUUGAAGAAGUACAGAAGAAGAGAUUUGUGUUUUCAGACCUCUAAUGAGCCCUUACUGAACAUCCUGCCAUGUUUCUUUUGACAGUUUGACUCUUGACUGUCCCCUCUGGCCAUGUCCUGAUUGCAUGUUCUGAAAUGAAAAUGUGCAUGUGCAAAAAAAACAAAACAAAGAGAGGCAUUAUUUGACUUCAUUCAGUCCACGACUUGUACUAUUUGUUUCCUGGUUGUAUUUUCAGAUGAUCUAAAAAUCAAAGUGUUUCUGUUUCAGGUGAAGAAAAGAAAAACAAAGUUUGAACAUUUUAUCACAGAACCACCAAAGUGGCAAAAGACGCUUUCUUUUUUGGAGAAGAGGUUCUGGAGUGGUUGAAUCCUUUGCUGCCUGAUCUGUUACUUGACUGUCUCUCCCACAGUCAUUUGGACUGUACCUACAGAUUUUGUAUGAAUAUAAGUCCUUAAAUAAAGAGGUAUGGUUAUGAAAUCAA